UCACUUGUUCUGAUGAUCGAAUUGGUUUAUCAUUAGACUCUAUUGUUUUUACAAUUAUCCCAAAAGGCAUUAAACCAAGUAUUUUAAAAAAUAUUAUUAUUAAAUAAAAUAAUAUGUUAUUAGAUUUUAAAUAUAUAUUAAAACUCAUCAUUUGUCAAUAGCAGCAAGCUUACGGUACAACUGAAACUUCAAAACUGAGGAAAAAAAAAAAAUGUACAUAUUUAUGAUAAGAUAUAUAUUUACUAAUAUUUACAAAAAAUGGGGGUGAAUUUUAAAUGUAAUAAAUCAACAAUCGUUAUCUAUACGAAUUAAUCUAAUUGCACGGCGCUUGUCACUGGUUGUUCGUUUUAUGGGAACGUUGUAUACAACUCGAUAACUUUUCUUAAUUAAUUAAACAUGCUUAAGUACAUGUUACCUAAUUACAUAAACACCCAACUUAUAAAAAUUAUACAAUUAAAAAAAUUAAUUUUAUUUUAAAUCAAACUGGAUGAUUACAAUUAAAGUCACAACUAUUAUUGAGUAUUUGCCAUGAUGCUUUAACUUGUAUUAACUAACAGAUUAUAGUUACGGUUAAAUACAUGUAUCAUUUAUUCAUUUUAUUUUUAUAUUAUUGAUCGAGCAAAUCUUGUCACUCAGAUAUUUAUAAAUAAAUACUCAACAAUAUGAUGUAUGAUAUCUAUAUGUUUCCAGCAGGAUAUAUAGAACAAAAUACAGGGAUAACGCGAUAGAAUAAUAUACUGUAAGGCUUUGUUAUUUUCUAUACAAUAAAAAAUAUAGUUAACUAAAUAAUUUAUUUAUGGAUAUAAUGGAAUAUGAUGAUCAAAGCGUAUAGCAAACCAAUUUCACGUUAAAAACAUCGCCCACACAUUGCCACCACCAUAUUCAUCAUCAUCAUCAUCAUCAUCAGCAGCAGCAACAGCAACAACUAACUGCCACUAGUUGUGGUAAUCUGUGUGUAUACUCGUUUUCUUUCUACCUUUAUAUUUAUUUAUUAUCUCUUUCUCACAAACUCCGCAUAAGGAAACGGAAUAAUAGAAUCCCAGGUAUUCAGGAGUCGAAAAAAAAAAAAAUACAAAGCUGAACAAGUUUAAAGUAAAAAAAAAAAAAAAAAAAAAAAAAAAAAAAAAAAACAACAAAAUAAAAUAAAUAAAAAAAGUAUCAAGAAAUGCCUCAAGUGGAUUAUUCAGCUGAUGGUUGUCAUUUGGUAGUAUUUUAUACUAAAACGUGUCGCUUCUUCUCGACCAUGACGACUAAAUUCCGGGUCAUGUACUGCUCACUGCACCUACGCUAUUAAAUUUUAAUACUACUCGUAAAUUAUUAUUAUUAUAAAUUAUUUUUGUUUUACAUUGGUUAUGCUUGAUAAUUUAAAUAAUCGAAAUUCCCAAAUAGAGAAUGAAUGUUUGAUAUUUUUUUUAAACUCGUGGAUUGAGAAUUUGAAAUACCCGGAUACUAAAAGACUUGGGUUGGGAGUUACCACCAAUAAGAGUAACGUAGUCGAGAUGUCUCCCGCGGCUAAAGUUUUUUUAAGUAAUGUCAGAGUUUAAUAUAUAUAGAUAUAUAUAUGCUCUCUAUGUCAGUUAUUCGCGGAGGCGUUCACAUACAUUAUAUUAUUAUAUUCCUUAUAGGCUCAAGUAACUCGUCGCCCACACUUACAAUAUAUAGUGUCCCAAUACCUGCGUCCCAACAAUAUGUCAACAGCAACUAAACUUUCCACUUUCAAUAAUAAAUAUAUUUUAUUUACUUUUUAAAAUAAUUAUACUGUCUGGUUAUAUGGACAGUAAAAUAAAUAACUUAUUGAAUUUUGAUAAUCACCAAAUAAAACUUUGUGGAAUCAAAUUAAAAAAAAAAAAUGAUUGUCACAAGUGUUAAAAUAUACUUUAGAUUGUAGAUAUAGAGAGACGAUUGAAAUAGAGAUUAUGAUGAUAGACGACAAGUUAAGAAAUGGGAGGAUAUCAGAUACAGUAAAGCAAAUAAAAAUGAAUAUUGCACAUUACUAACUAUAGUAGCUACUCUGAUGGUGAAGGCUGAUGGCUGAAGAGAAGAGAAGAGAAGAGAAGAAAAGAGAAGAGAAGAGAAGAGAAGAAACAAGAGUGUUGUACGCUAUUUUACAGUUGCCACGGGCACACCGCCCGAUAUGGAGCAAUCUCAGAUUUCCAUCCGCCCAAAUCAAGAAUAUACGUCCGCGCCCCCGCGCUAUUCUGUUCCCGUAGCUGCUCAACCUCUAAGAGAGUACUCUCGUGACUCUCGGCCUAGCCGGGGUUGCUCAUCCCGUAUCUGUACUUUUAUACAUACAUCCAUAUAUAUCUAUAUAAAUACGUAUAUCAAUGUAUAUAUUUAUAUAUACACAUAUAAAUAUACACGCGGGAAAUUUGUUAUCUUUUAUUGAUUGUCAAAAAUAUUAAAUAAAUAUUACCGGGCAUUAUUUAUUUAUAUAUUUUCAAUAACUAUGUGAUAUUGAUACUGAGGAUUAUGUGAAUAGUGUGUUAUUUAUAUUAUAAUUUAAAUUAUUGACAAGGUUAUUAAUUAUUUGUUGUGUACAUGUUGCCAGAAAACGCUUUUCCCGUCACAGGGGGAAUUAUGCAGACUGAGGAAGUGCCGCGUGCACAGACUACUGGAAUAGAUGGAUCGUUGACAGACAGUUCGUCUUAUCAGCACUCUUUUAAUAUCUCUCCACUUCUACAAACCUCAUUGCCAGCUUCAGUUCCUAUGGCAGUUAAACAAGAGCCUAAAGAAGACAGCGACGAUCAUCGUGAUAAUAAUAAUAUUCAUAGAUCCAGUUCUAAUGAGGCACUUAAGAGUCUGCAAGAAGAUCCGAGCGUCUUACCAGCUCCAACUGUUGAAGUAACGCAUCUCCAUCAUGCUGCGCACGAUAAUACUUUACAGCAUUCACCGCAAUUACAACAACAUCACCAUCAGAAUCAAAAUCAGAAUCAGAAUCAGAAUCAGCAGGAUAAACAGACAGACUAUAGUAUUUCAGAACGAACCAAUCAGGAUCAAGGUAGAUCAAGAACAAGUCGUGGCCGAAGAAAAUCACGUUGGAAACUUAAAUUUCACCACCAAGCCCUCCCACCCGAAUAUUUGGACCACUACGAAGCUGCAUUAGCCCAAGAAGCCUUAAACUCAUCACCAACACACGGACAGGACACAUCUAUGGUAUCAAGUCCUACUACGCCAACAACGUCAACUUUGACAACGCCGACGAUUCCGAGUUCAGUACCCAGUUCAACUGACGUUCAAGGCUGGUUGCAAAGAAUAACAGCUAUGCAGCAAGAACUUUGUCCCAGAGUAGUUAGUUGUUCAAAUGACACGACAAUGCACUCUAAUUUACGCAGAUCAGUCAUAACAUCUCAGUCAUCAUCUCAUACUUAUUCUUCUCAACAACCUCAUUAUCAGCUAAAUAAUAAAAACAACAACAACAAUAAUAAUAAUAAUAAUAAUCAUAAUAAUCAACAAUCGACAGUAGUAGCACAAUCGACUUCAAGACCGCCUAUGAAGUACUCAGAUUUACCUUACAUGGGGGAGAUUACCUUGGACAAUAGUAAACCACGUCGUGGAAGAAAACCCAAGAAGGCGGACAUAUGUCAUCUUAUCUAUAAGAAUUAUGGAACAAUACUACCAGGUACGCCGGGUCACGACGACAAAAAACAACAAUUACAGCUACUACCACCAGCAACCACCGAGUCACGAUCAUCUGACCAUCCCCAUCCUCAUUCUCAUUCUCAUAAUAAAAAUAAUAAUAAAAAUAAUAAAAAUAAUAACAACAACAACAACAACAACAAUAAUAAUAAUAAUGAUAAUAAUAAUAAUAAUAAUAAUAAUAAUAAUAAUGAUAAAUUAAAUCCUCAAAUUUCAAUGCAACGAACUGACAUACAAAAUCGGAUCAGUAGCUUACUUGAGAAACGUUUAACUCAAGAACGUCGUGCUGCCACAACCGAUGAAGGGAGUUGUGAACAAGAUGAACCGCUUAAUUUGUGCAUUAAAGAUUUAAAUCAACUUAAAAUAAGGUUAUCGAAAAAACACGGUGUUUAUGAACAUGGACACGUAAAAAGUGAAACAUGUAGUGAAGAUGGUGAGGAUAUUGAGUGUCUUGGUUCUAAGGAACGUUUUACUUUAAAAAAUAAUAAUAAUAAUGAUUCAAAUUUUGUUUACUGGCCAAAUGGUGUAUUUAUAAAUCCAAUGACACUUGAAUCACAAUUUUUAUAUUAUCAAAAAAUGGGUGAAAAUAAUAGUGAGGAACAGAAACAGCAAAAAGAAGAUAAAAAAAUAGUUGUACCCAAGUCAAUAUAUACGAUGAUAGAUAAGAACCCUACGACGUUACAUUCCCCAGCAAUAACGACGACAUCAUCAUUAUCAUCAUCACCAUCGUCGACAUCAUUAUCAUCAUCAUCAUCAUCAUCGUCAUCGUCCUCAUCACCAACAAGUCCAGUGGCAGUAGUACCAUCACCGGUAUCUGCAAUAGCAUCAACAUCAACAUUAACAUCAACAUUAACAUCAACACCAUCAGUGGCUGUGCCAAUUUCACCAAGAGCUAAACGUAUUGCACCUAUAGGCAAUCCAUUGAUUCAUCAGCAACCAACAAAACGUAAACGGUCAGCUAUAUUUAUACCACCAAUGCCAACAGAAAAUACAAAUAAUCCAGCUACAGAAGUCAGUAUAUGUAAAUUUAAAUUUACCGGUGGUGCUAAACCGAGCUUACAAGAAAAAAAAAGUUUGUCUGUCGAUUCGGGAGGUAAUUUUCGUUAUUAUAGCGGGACUGGUGAUAAAAGUAUGCGUGGAUAUGAGUUUUUUCCACGUGAAUCACUUCAACAACCUGCUGGACAAGCCACCAGUGGUACUUCUGCAGCAGGUACUUUUUUGAACGCUGCUGGUGAAAAAAUUCAACCGCCAGGUUUGGUAGUAUCACAGUCUGUGGCUUCCACUUUGCCUUCAAAAAUAAUUAUAAAUCAGCAUCAACAACAUGAGGAUGUCCGGAAAAAGAGAAAAACUCGAAAAUCACUUCAACGUGAAAAAUUAGAACAAACAUUUAAAGAAAAAGGUUUUCUUAUACAAACACAGCAAUUAGAAUCUGCAGAAGGUGCAACUUACUGUAAAUUUCGGCAGCUGAGAAAAUUUACCCGAUAUCUGUUUAGAAGUUGGAAAGAUUAUUUACCUGGUAAUGUAUGUGAUUUAAGUGGAGGAGUAGGAGUAGGAGUAGGAGUAGGAGUUAACGCUCCUGGUGGAGAUGUCGAGUCACUUGAUACUGAGGUUGAGACCGUUGAGAGAGAUCAUUCCGCGUCACCUCUUUCUCUUUCUCUCUCUCUUUCGGGUAGUAUAGUCGAUAUACAUAACGCUAAUGUUAAUCUUGAGCAACGUCAAACACAGCUCACAUAAACACAUUAAUAUAUAACACCCCUUACCUACUGUUUUUCUCUUUUUAAAACGGAUUUGCAUUUACAUGUUUAUUUUUAUUUUUAAUAUUAUCUUUUAUCUUUGUUUUUAGUUUUUGUUAAUUUUUUUUUUAUGAGGCCUAAAGUACAAUGACUUGAAGUGGCUCGUGCUAAAAUUGCUUCUUUUAAUGCUCAUAAUAUUUUUUUCUCUAAAUAAAUUUUACUUAGCACUAUUAUAUUAUUUUAAAAUUUUAAAAUAAUAAAUUACCUGGUGAAAUUAUUUUUUAAUACACUAGUGUAAAUAAAAUUUAAAAAAAAUUUAUUUUUUUUAAUAUGAUUUUUUUGCUUAUUUUAUAUAAGUUAAACUUGAUUAAUAAGUUUAAUUUAUGAGUUUAUAAACUCUGUGCUUGCAUUGAAAAUAUCACUAAUGUUUCUAAACUAUUAAUUGUUAAAGUUAAAAUGAAAUAAUAUUUAAGUCAAAUGAAAAUAAAUAAAUAAUAAUCGGGUAUAAAACCCGAUGCCAAAGAUGGGAAUGAUGUAAAUAUAUGAAAAAGUUUAUUAACCAAAGACCAAUAUUUGUGCCUUAUUUUUUGAUAAAUAAAUUAAAGUCACAUCAGCAGGAUUUUAUUUUUAUAAAAUUUAAAAAAAAAUUUAUUUUAAAUCUUGCAUUUGUUGAUUAAGUGAGUGAGACUAAUGAAAUUUAUAAAUGGUUGUCAUAUUUUUUUAACUUUAUUUAAUUAUUUAUCGGAUUCUAGUCUUAUUUAUAUACUUGGUUAAUUAUAAGUUAUUCGUUAUUAUUAUUAUUAAUAUCAUCUUCUAUAUAUUUAUAUUUAUAAAUUAUUAUAAAAUUGUAAGAAAGUACAUUAUUGCAAUAGUCAUUGUUAUGUAAAUAGUAAAAAAAAAAAAAAAAAAAGUUAUAAAAUGUGACUUUUUUUGUUAUAGAAAUAAAAUAAUAAUAAUUGUAAGUGAAAAUAAAUUUUAACGCCUUUUAUUCAUAAAUAAGUUAAAUGUAUAAGCUCACUGCAUUAAAAAAAAAAAAAAAUUGUUUGUAAUAAUAAAUAAAUCUAUGUAAUGUUAAUACAAAUGGUCAUUAAAAUAAAUGAAAAGUUUUUUUUUAAUUUAUUCCAUACUUAUAAAAUAAAGAAAUUUCUAAUUUUAUUUAUAUAUAAGUUGUAGCAAAACUAAAUUAACUUUUUUAUAAAA